UUCAAAUUUUUCGUUUCUCCCGUUGGCCCAUAUAUAUGACCAAAUAAUCGAGAGCUAUUGCAUCUACAAGGGAUCUUCAAUAGGCUCCUGGCGAGGCGAUGUCAGGUUUAUACUGGACGACCUUCAGGAACUAAAGCCUACUAUGUUUUGUGGGGUUCCUCGAGUGUAUGAUCGUAUAUACACUGGUAUUGCUAGUAAAGUUUCAUCUGGUGGUGUGCUGAGGAAGACCCUUUUCCAGUAUGCAUAUAACUACAAGUUGGCAAAACUGGAGAAGCUUGUAUUUAACAAGAUAAAACAAGCAUUAGGAGGAAGAGUUCGUAUAAUGUUGUCUGGUGCUGCGCCUUUGCCCAGGCAUGUGGAGGAAUUUUUGAGGGUCACCAGCUGCAGCACUUUAUCACAAGGAUAUGGACUUACUGAAAGCUGUGGUGGCUGUUUUACGUCCAUUGGCAAUGUUUAUCCUAUGAUUGGAACUGUGGGUGUCCCCUUGACAACUAUUGAAGCACAGCUUGAGUCGGUCCCAGAACUGGGAUAUGAUGCACUUUCUAGUGUGCCAUGUGGAGAGAUUUGCCUAAGAGGGAAAACCUUGUUUUCUGGUUACCACAAGCGACAAGAUCUCACUGAAGAAGUCCUUAUUGAUGGGUGGUUCCAUACAGGUGAUAUUGGAGAAUGGCAGUCUAAUGGAGCAAUGAAAGUUAUAGACAGGAAAAAGAACAUAUUUAAACUGUCUCAAGGUGAAUAUGUUGCUGUGGAAAGCAUUGAAAGCAAAUACUUGCAAUGCCCCCUUAUCACAUCGAUUUGGGUUCAUGGGAACAGCUUCGAGUCAUUUCUUGUUGCUGUGGUUCUUCCUGACAGAAAGGCCUUGGAGGAGUGGGCAGCUGAGCAUCAUUUGACUGAUGACUACAAAUCAUUGUGUCAAAACAUGAAGCUUCGAGGGUUUGAGUUGUUAAAAGCAGUUCAUUUGGAACCAAACCCCUUUGACAUAGAGAGGGAUCUCAUGACUCCAACUUUCAACCUGAAAAGACCGCAAUUACUCAAAUAUUACAAGGACCGAGUUGAAAAACUUUAUAGUGAAGCAAAGGGUGGAAAGGUAUAAGAACAGAGCUGGAAGCAACUAUUGGAUAAAUCUAGCUACAUCACUUUCCCAAAAUUUCGAUUGCCUGCUCUUUUGUUGAUGAAAAACUACUUAUGACUAAAGAAUAUCUCGCAGGGAUUUACCCAUAUUGACCUUUGUUCUAAGUUUGUGUAUAAAUAAGUAAAGAUCUUAAUUAAGAUCUUUACUGAAGUGAAGUAA